UUUACAUCUGAGAAUCCCGCGCGUGGUGUAUCCAGACGAUAGUCUCUGGAUGCUCAUCAAGAAAAACGAAUUGCCCAAGAUAAAAAUGGCCUUCUCUCGGCGGCUAUAUUUCCCAACAGAUGUUGGUCAGUCGGGAAACUCCAUUGUCCAUGUAAGCACGAGCCUACCCGAGGCACCUAAUCCCAUAGAAAUCCACCUCAGCUAAUCAAUAUCCCAACCAGUGGAGUCUCACACGCCGCGAAUUCGGCACGGUCGCGUUUCUAAUGGGACAUUUCUUGGAGAUAUAUAGGUCUCAGGAUAUGCAAAAGUACAUCGUUUCCAAUUGCAUACCACUAAUUAGAUCAUCCUUCGUACCCGAAUGCGGUAAAGUCGAACGAGCUAACAAGUUGCCCAACUUUUUAGGGAAAUAUUCGAGGCAAAGCGUCUGCUUCAGCGAAACCAAGACUUGAGCGACGCGGACAAGUGAUUGCUCAAAAUGAUUGCCGCUCUACAUGGCGACGAUGGCGACAACAGUGACGACCCCUUCCAGCACCUGAACCACAUCCAGCGUGCCGCUCUAGGCCUCGGCGACAUGGCUACCGCUCUCGAAGGAAGUACCAAAGGGCGAGACGACCAAGACGACGGUGGCCGCGCACCGGCGCACCACGUGUGCCAACGAGGCGACGUUGAUGGCCUGAGACUACUGCUCUAUGCCGGCGCUCAUGUGGAUGUCCGGGACGACUUUGACGCAACGCCAUUGAUGAUGGCGUCUGAGAACGGCUAUGUCGCGUGUGUAAGGCUUCUCGUGGAGCUUGGUGGCGCCGACGUUGACGUGCGCGACUGCCCCGGGCGGACGGCUCUUCACUACGCCGCUGGCGCGCCGCACCUCGGCGCGCAUGAGAUCAUUGAAUAUCUCUUGUCCAAGAAAGCCCGUUACGGACGGACAAAUCUCGGUGCAAUGCCUAUCCGCUUUCUUGGCCCCCCUGACCAGAGAGGCGUAGGAGGACCAUUGGAUGCUGAAUCCGUUGAAGCAGAGGCAAGCCAGCGCUUUGAAGCAUUGCUCCGGUUUGGCGCUGCAAGUCUCGACGAGGUGGACGGGAGCGGCCGGAGGCCGGUAGAUUGGGCAAUGCGCGAAGAAAAGGCUAGCGUCUUGAAGGUGCUCAUCCGGGCAGGAGCAAUGCUGGACGGGCUCUCUCUCGACGGGCGGAGCAUCCUGCACCACGCCGCCAUGCACGGCAAACAGAGGACCAUCGCGGUGCUGCUCAAUGAGGCAGACCUCGUAAAUCUCAAUGUCGGCCACCGCGACAAGCACGGAGAUACGCCAGAAGACUGCCUGCGCCUGCGGAAGGAGGGCGGUAGGAGAUCGGACCAUUGGGCUCAAGUGCGGAUCCAGUCGCAAGAGGAGGAAGACGCCAUCCGGACGCUGUUCCGAGAAAUUCGCAAACGCAACGAGGCGGCAGAUGUGCGCGUGUGCGUGUCUGUCAAGGAGGCAUUGCAGCAUCACGAUGGCCGCGGGGCCUUGCGUUUGCUGACGCCCUUGAUGGAGCAAAAGAGGGCGUGGAAGAAGGAUGGCGACGUUGAAACUCUCGACGCUAUCGUGAUACAGAUUAAGGAGAGAGUGUUCGAUGCGGCGAUAGAGUCUCUGGAUGAAGUCAUGGAACUGUGGCGCAAAGGCGAAGAUUUGCUUUCGUUGGCAGUCGAGUGUGACAGAGGAUAAUUAGGCGUCCUCGGUAGCAAGCCGCUGUGCAUGGAUGGGAGCUGCCUAAUGUUCCAAUUCCACGCAGACUACAUGUGCCGCG